CGUAAGUGUCAAACUCGCGAGGGCCUCAUUGACUGCGUUUACUGCGACGAGAGGGGCAUCAAAUGCGAUCAAAGACCGCCCGAGGGGGGCUACUAUGAGCAACGAGAGAAUCAGCGUAAAGAACGCCUGGUAGAAGAGCGGAACCUAUCCGUACAUCAGCAAAGUAGUCACAACGCAGCAGCCGAAAGUGCAUCGUCUGCAUCUCAAAGUGGUGGCUGGUGCACCCAUUGUGAGACCACUUCACAUGCCGCCGCCGCACUGCCCAGUCUGCCGGUCCGGCUGGACCUCGUCAGACUCUACUUUGACUACAUCCAUGACCAGUUCCAUUCCCUCUUCCAUCGGCCGAGUUUCAUUGAGGAUGCACUCGGCGACCGAGUGCACCACAGCAUCCUUUUUGGUAUCUGCGCGCUAUCUGCGAGAUUCUCAACCGACCCGGAGUUUGCAGAUGUUGACCCUCGAGACAGAAGCCAUGCUUACAUACGGGCUGCCGAGGCACUGCUAAACCUACGUGAUGUAUCUCUCCCAACGAUACAACUCUGCGUGUUGAUAGGGGCAGCAUUGACUGCCAAUGGCGAUGGAGAAUCGGAAAACAUCUACUACGGCGUCGCAUGCCGCAUGGCGCAGCUGCUGGACCUACCAGGAAGACCGGCUACCAGUCUCUUGGAACGAGAGAUCAACAUACGGGGUAUGAUUGAGCCUCCAUUUCCCAUUGUUUACCCGUUGGCCACGUUCAUCUGUCACUGUGUUAUGCAAGGCACGAACUCAAAGCUGACAGGUCGAUUCCCAGUCUGGUGGUCGCUCUGCAUGAUCGACGUGUGGUCCUCCACUGCGGUGAAGUUACCCAAGCUGCUCCCGGCGAGAUCCGAUAUCCCCUUGCCUAUGGACGAUCUACCGUUUCUCUCGUUGAGCCGCAGCGGAUCCGGAGUAACGGGUACGGCAUCAGCCGCUCAAAGCUCUCAACUCCUCUCGCAGAUGGUGAGACUCAACAGGAUCCUGUUGGAUGUCAACGACUUUAACCAGCGUUGCGUUGCGGAUAAUCCUACCUGGGAUGUCCUCGAGGAGGGCGUUGAGUCUCUAAGCAUAAGAAUGGAAGACUGGCUCGCCGCACUCCCGGCGAAUAUGCGUGAUACCCCGGAAAACUUUGCCUGGUUUGCGGCCCGGGGCCAGGGCCGGACAUUUGCGGCCGUUUACCUAGGCUACUACCACUUUGGCCAGCUCUUGUAUUACCAGUUUCUCUAUGGCGCGGCGACGACGACAGCCAUCAACCCCACUGCCUCAGCCUCUGUCGCAAGGAGGGACUCGUACGCGAAGCGCUGCAAGGAACACGCGGCUCGGUUAUGUGACAUGGUCUACCGCGCCCAGACAACAGCCGGGUCGGACGUGCGGUACACGAUGACGGCGCAUGUACUCGUCAUUGCGUCGACGGUACAGAUUCACACACUCUUGUUCAGUGGGGAUGAGGCGGAUAUCAGUGUGGCUCGGAGGCGCCUGGAGAGAAAUUUCGAGUUGCUGAUGCAGCUACGGUGUUACUGGCCUACUACUGACCGGGCCAUCAGCCGUCUAAGAGCAUUCCAUCAGACGGCACGUACGAGCAUCGACACGAGUUUCGUUCUGGACCGUUGGAUGUUGAGGUUCCUGGUUGAGUUCGCGGAGCCAAUGGAAGAAAAGGAACGCGGAGACGGGGAGGCGAUGGAGUCAUUGUGGAUGGACGGGCCCCGGUGA